UCAGUCGAAGUGAGAAAGAUUUUCAUGUUAAAUUCUGCCGAUAAAAGAACCAUACCAUAUAAACUAUGUUUGCACGUGAACCACAAACCAUCGCAGUUGAUUCUUUAUCUAGCUUAGCUAACCAUCUGAAUCAAGGUUAUAAGCUUUUACUUAAAUAUCUGAUUUCUACGCGAGUAUUAUUUUAUGGGCCAGCCUUGACAUUACUAAACUGCAAGUGAAACUAGCUGACAUAAGCUAAUCCAGCUGUAACUUAGCUUACUGAGCUCUUUCAUAUACAGCAGCAUCUUUAUUUCAUCGAUUAGAAAAAGUUCCAAUGGCCAGCAAAAGCACUGACGUCGAGAAUGUUGCCGCGAAAGUCGGGGAAGUUUCAUUGUCGGAAUCAAAAGGAUCGAAAAGUCAACGGAAAAUUGUGAUAGCAAUUGACGCUAGUGGCCAUUCGGAGAGGGCUCUCAGGUGGUACUUGAACAAUUUCCACCGAGAUGGUGACCAUUUGUUUCUGUUCCACGCGGUGGAGUUGCCGACCAUCCCAGUGAUCGGAUCGGGAGAGUUGUUUUAUAAAGAGACUCUGAACGAGAUCAUCAAAGAGAAACACGAAGAGAUCAAAAAGUUGACUCUCAAGUUCGAACUGAUCAUCAAAAAAGAUAACUUGAGUGCGACUUUUAACGCCCGUGACGGAGACCCCCCGGGACACAACAUAGUUCACUACGCGCGGGAGAAGGAUGCCGACUGCAUUGUCAUCGGCUGUCGUGGACUCGGCAGCAUCCGAAGAACUAUUCUCGGCUCAACCAGCGAUUACGUUAUUCAUCACGCCCAUUUGCCCGUGAUAGUCGUGCCGCCAGUCCAUCAUUAAACAUUCGAAUAGAAAAAAUCGCGAACAAAACUGGUUUACGUGUACGUUUUAAAAAACUACCAAAACUCAAUAGCUGGUUGCUCUGCUAUUUCAAAUGGCCGUAGUUGUUCCAAAGUUACUCUUGUAAAUCUGAUUGUCUUACACUUUAAAUUACAAAAUCUUUGAUUGUCUCA